CCGUGAGCAAUACAUCUCGCGCAUUCCACAAUUUUAAUAUUUCCCAAACGAUACGGUGAAAGUCCAGCUCCGCGGGGUCAAAAGGUCUAAAAAUUGAGACGUGGCGGUCGGCACACGUGGAGAAAAUCCACAUACCUGUGUGCGUAGACCCACAGAGCUUUAAGUUCCAGUUCCAGAGCUCGCCGGAUUGACCGAUGUGGCUCUGGGAGUAUAUUAUGCUAAUCAGACAUCGACGGGAGGUGCGGCGCAAUGUCAGAGUUCCCCUGGUCUACCUGGGCACAGGUGCUGCUGGUUUCUGCGCCCUCUAUCUCAUCUUCGGCUAUGGCGCCCAACUGCUGUGCAACAUCAUUGGAGUGCUGUACCCCGCCUACAUCUCCAUCCAUGCCAUCGAGUCCAGCUCGAAGCAGGACGACACUAAGUGGCUGAUUUACUGGGUCACCUUCGGCAUCUUCACGGUCAUUGAGUUCUUCUCUGGCCUGCUGACUUCGGUGAUUCCCUUCUACUGGCUGCUGAAGUGUGCUUUCCUCAUCUGGUGCAUGCUGCCCACGGAACAGAACGGUUCCACCAUUAUCUACGCCAAGCUGGUGCGACCCUACUUCCUGAAACAUCACGAAUCUGUCGACAGGAUCAUCGACGAUGGCAUGAAGAAGGCCGCUGGAGUGCUGAAGCACGACUAGGAUGCCGAUGUGCCGUAGCUUUGCCCGCUGCUCGCUUACCCAUGCAUUUGGUUUAGGGCCCGGUCACCAACCUCACCUCGUAUUGGUUACGUUUUGCAAUAAAUUUUAAAUCUGUA